CUGUAACCCCCGCAGAAGUACUUACCUACAGCGUGAAAACCCCCUAAACCUCACUAGAUGGGGACGUCACGCUGGCCCGACGUCAUCGAUUCUCACAAGGACAUCAUUCACAUCACCAUCUCACACCUCACACCUCAACGCGUCACACCUCACGUCUCACCGCCCUCUCAACCACCAUGAAGACCUCCGACGAAGAAACAGCCCAGUUUGAAACUUUCCGGGACUGUCUCUCGGCGGCCGUCGUCGAACGCGUGACGAAACCCGCACCGAGACCAAAACGCCGCUCUAAAAAGACCAACGCGGCGUCCAAGUCUCACAGCAACGAGGAGAAGGGGACCGCCCCGGUCGACGCCGCCGUGGACGCCGACGACAUGGUCGAAUUCGCCUCCUACCUCGCCUCCGAGGCUUUCGACUCCUUCCCCGCGGACCUCAAAUCCCUCUCCCAUGCCGCCUACGUCACCGACCCGUCCCUGCGGUCCCGUUACGCCCUGCCCCUCACCGGCGCCGACGUCGCCGAUAUCCUGCCCUCACUGUCCCCGGACGUCGCCGACUCACUUGUCGCGUACGGCAUCGUCGACCCGGACCGGCAGGGCGCGCACGAGUUCCUGGCGCCCGUGCUGGGCGAGUACGUGGCGGCGCUCACGGCCGCGCCGCCGCCGCCGAGGUCGACGAGGGACCGCGUCGAGGGCUGUGAGCUGUGCGGCCGCGACUGGAUCGCGCUGACGUACCACCAUCUCAUUCCGCGCAUGGUCCACGACAAGGUUGUGAAGCGCGGCUGGCACAGAGAGGAUGAGCUCAACAACGCUGCCUGGCUGUGUCGUCUGUGCCAUUCCUUUGUGCACCGGUUUGCCGGCCACGAGGACUUAGCGCGCCACUAUUACACCGUCGAGCUGCUGCUGGAGCAAGAAGAGGUUGUCCGGUUUGCCCAGUAUGCCAGUCGAGUGAGGUGGAAGGGAAGGUAAAAUCUCCUCGUAGGAGACGGGCGCAGAAAUACAUCCGCGUACUGGAGGGAGCAUCGGGACGACCUGAUUUCAUCCACGCUAUUGCCGCUGGUCCUUCUGCGCUCUGCGUGCUUGGCUUGACCGCCAGCCGUGAAUAUCUCUCAACAACCGUCCCUAACUCUACAUCAACGUAUCCUACACCCUCGCCGACAGUAGGCACUGUAUGGCGGAGCAACGUACAGUUUCCCAAAAAGCAAACGCUGUUGUUCAUGUGGGAAGAUGACGACGGUCGUGCAUAACAUUUGCCAGGCUCAUUUCACCUCCGCUAAUAACACAUGUGAUGCAAAGUCAGCUUGGUAUCGUUGUAUAAGCGUUUUUUUUAAUUUAAGAUAGCGAGAGUCCGGUAAGAACAAGGCGCAACCUGAGAUCCCUUGAGAGAGGCAUCCCAUCCCCUCCUGUCCCAUCCUCUUCCUCCUUUUUGUUGUCGUCCGCUGCUCGUCUGAACGCCGUGCCCGUGGUAUAGU